GAGUAAAUCUGGAAGUCUGCCAACCUGCCUACAACCUGUUCAUCUGCUUGCUAAAGAUAUAAAACACUAGUCCACUAGAAACUGGACAUGUCAAUUGAUUGGCCCUCUGGUCAGGUGGUCUUGGGCCAAUAUAGGCUAAAUUGGUCGUUUUAGUGUUUGUUAAGAUUUGUUGACUUUAGAGAUGUGCCUGUAAAUCCUGAUCAUUGAAUUAUUUCCUUUUUUAUGUUGGCAGUCAGGUAGGGUCAGGUGCACUGAAUGCCUUCAAUCCCAUUGGUUUACAGUCACCCACGUGAUCACGCUGGGACAGUUCUUAGAAAUAUUGGCGAAUCUCCACCCGAACAAGAAUCUCUGGUGCUACAGCGAGACUGCGGUCACGACACAUCCAGCUCUUGCUUUUACGCUUUCGGCGAUGGUGGAAGCUUAAAUGGAAACUGCAUCAUCAUUGGAGCCACAGACCCAGAUCUCGCUUUAGAUAUUUUGAGUUGUCUUGUGAUGCUUUUGGAUGACGUUGGACAGAUUUUCAAAAUUUAGGCUGUAUCAUUAUUGCCCCCAUGGUAUUGAAGAACAUAAUUACUAGGUAAAAACACGCUGGGGUUGUGAUAAAUCACAAAAAUAUUCUGGUUGUGUGUGCAAUAAUCUGAGGCAACCAUGCAGAGCCCUGCUCCUGAUAUUGUGUCAGGCUAUGCCAGUGGGUCCACGGCAGACAAAGAACCCAGUCCAGAGACAACUUUAGGGAGUGCUUACUCACCAGUGGAUUACAUGAGCAUCACAAGUUUCCCUAAACUACCAGAGGACGAUGCGCUUCCUGGAGAAAACGCUCAGAAAUCCCGUAAAGAAGAUGACAAUGUUCUCAGUGAGCAAGACACUGAUCCAGACUUGUUCUUGAAGUCAGCUCGCCUCCAGCGCCUCCCCUCCUCCGCGUCAGACCUAGCCACUCAUGAGGAUGGGACCUUUAGGGAGACCACCUCAGAUCCGUUUACUCAGGAGUGUGCCUGCCAGCGGGACGGACUCACUGUCAUAAUCACAGCUUGUCUCACCUUUGCCACUGGAGUCACUAUAGCUCUCAUUGUCCAAAUCUACUUUGGAGACCCCCAGGUCUUUAACCAAGGAGCUGUGGUAACAGAUGUUGCCCAGUGCACCUCUGUUGGAUUUGAAGUCUUGGAAAAACAGGGGUCCAGUGUUGAUGCUGCUAUUGCUGCUGCUUUGUGUUUGGGAAUUGUCCAUCCACAUACUUCUGGUAUAGGCGGUGGGGGUGUUAUGUUGGUGCACGAAAUCCGUAAAAAUGAGACCAGAGUGAUUGACUUCAGAGAGACAGCUCCCUCAGUUAUCACUGAAACUAUGCUGCAAACCACUUUGGAUUCCAAUCCCGGCUUAUUGGUGGGAGUUCCUGGUAUGCUUAGUGGGAUGAAUCAAGCUCAUCAGUUAUACGGCAGACUGCCAUGGAAAGACGUAAUAACCAUGGUAGCUGAUGUUGCCAGAAAUGGAUUUAAUGUUACUCAUGAGCUUGCCGAAGCUCUGGCUCAUGCUAAGAAGCAGAACAUGUCCAAGGCAUUUGAGGAUUUGUUUCUCCCAAAUGGCCAAAUCCCUCUUGCUGGGUUGUUUAGCAGAAGGAUGGACUUGGCUGCCAUCUUGGACGCUGUUGCAGAAAAGGGCAUAUCUGAGUUCUAUAGUGGGAACCUCACACAAGAAAUAGUUGCUGUGGUGCAAGAGAAAGGUGGAGUUCUCACUGAAGAAGACUUGGACAAAUAUAGCACAGUUUUGCGAAAACCAGCUGAGAUCAAUUAUCAAGGACAUCAUGUGAUGGCAUCUCCAGCUCCACAUGCAGGCAUUGCCUUGAUCACUGCUUUAAACAUUUUGGAAGGCUACAAUAUUACUAAUCAGCUUUCUAGACAGAGCACUUUUCACUGGAUUGCUGAGUCUGUUAAAAUAGCUCUGGCAAUGGCUAGUGAGAUAGGGGAUCCCAUGUUUGACACUUCUGUCUCUGAAAUUGUUGCCAAGAUGUUGAGUAAACCACAGGCCUCCCAGUUUCGCCAGAUGAUUGACAAUUCCAAGACAUUUCCUGCUGAUCACUACACCCAAACAUUCACAUUAGAAGAAGGAGCUGGAGCUGCGCAAGUUGUGGUGAUGGGGCCGGAUGAUGUCAUUGUAUCAGUUAUGAGUUCUCUGAACAAACCAUUCGGCAGUGGAAUAUUGACACCUUCGGGAAUACUCUUGAACAGCCAGAUUUUGGACUUCUCUUGGCCCAAUAAAACGGAAAGCGCCACAACAAAUCCACAUAACAGACUACUGCCUGGCAAGAGGCCACUGUCCUUCCUUAUGCCCACUGUGGUGAGACCCGCUGUGGGAAUGUGUGGAACAUAUGUGGCUACUGGAUCGUCUAAUGGAGAAAAGGCUCUCAGUGGCAUUACACAGGUGCUGUUGAAUGUAUUGUCUUCACGUAAAAAUAUGAAUGACAGUUUGGCUUAUGGUAGACUCCACCCACAGCUGCAGCCAAACACCCUGUUGGUGGAUUCGGAGUUUCUUGAUGAAGACAUAAAGCUACUCCAAAGUAAAGGUCACAAGGUUGAACGAACAGAGCUGCUGUCAUUAGUGGAAAGCACUAGACGGACCAAUGAUGUCAUUAUUGGAGUGAAGGACCCCAGAAGUCUUGACGCCUUGGCUCUCAACAUUGCAUAGUGUCACUGUGUGCCAACUACAGUUUUACAUUUUGUAGAAUAAUGUUUGUAUAUAGAUAGAAAAUGUAAACAUCUAUAUUGCGAUGCCUAAAUCGAUGAAACCAUUUAAGGUUUAAGUAAUGUGUAAGACUUAUCACAUUGUUUGUGCAAUACUAAAGGUCAAUGAACAUAAUUUAUUUAAUUAGGCCUAUUAUUUUUUGCCACCUUACAUAAUAUAUUUUCUACAUAUAUUAGAUUUAUUGUACAGACACUGAAUAUUUUUAGUAAAUGUUAUACUAUGUGUUUUAAGGCAAUUGGUCUGGGUAGGGUUUAUAUUUAUGCUAGAAAUAUUGUAUUACUCAUGAGUAGAUUUUAGUAUAAUUUAUGUUUAAUUUUGUGGUUAUUUAUGAUCAAAGCUGAUAUUGUUCAACUACUUGCACAUAACCUGGUGUUUGAUCACUGACUUAAUUGUACAUCUUGACAUUAAAGUUUGUAUCUUAUGUUGAAA